UGCAGCGCGGCUUCUGACUGAACACCGGCGCGAGUCAGUGUGUUGCUAGGAGACCCCUCGGCAGCCAAUAACAUUCAGCGCCGUUCUUGUCCGGCCAAUCAGCGUGCCGUCUUGCGGGAUAUGCGAUUCAAAUCUACCAAUGAAAGUGCUGUGUGGGCGUGUCCCGGAAGAAGCAAACUCGGUGCUGUGUCUAUUGGGGUAUACAGAGUGAGGAGGAGGGGAUUAUAUGGGGGUUCGGGGAGAAGAUGGCGCCGCCUAUGAAAACCAUGAAGAAGCGCUCUCCGUCCCCCCCGCUGCAUGUCCACGUGGAUGAGAGUACUCCCGUACAUGUUCAUAUCAAGAAGGGAACAAAGACUGCCUCCAAGUUACAGAAAGGACCCAAAAGCAAAGGAAAAAGUGACCCCGGGAAUCUUCGGCGGACUGUUAAGGUGAAGACUAGGGUGCCAUGGAUUCCUCCAGGGAAAACCUCUGUGCGAGAUGCUGGAUUCAAAUGGGAGGGUUCCACUCAUCGCUUGGAUAUAACGCCUCCAGAUAUGGAGAAGAUGAUGGGGGCAUUACGUAUGAGUGACCUCUCCACAGAUGAGGAGGAGGUUGUACGCAGCAAGAUCAACUCCUAUGAAAAGAAGAUCGACAGCUUGAUGUGUGAAGUCGGGACGCUGAAGAACGAGGUGGAGCUAAAGAAGAGGGACCAAUCCAUCGAGCGAUAUGAAGCACAGCUGGAAGCCUCCAAGCGAUUGCUGAACUCCAAGAAUGAAGAACUCCAUGAGGUGUCGCAGGAACUGGCCGAGACGGAGAAUGAAAACACUCGUCUGAAGAGAAGCAUUGAUCGCAUCAAGGAGGAAACAGAUCUGAGUUUGAGGCAUAAACAGCUGCUGCAGCAAGAACAGUCUCAUCUGCUUGCCAAGCUGGUGGAAACGGAGAUGGAUGGGGCAGAGGCAGUAAGACAAGUGAACUCGCUGCAGGACACGAUCACUCAGAUGAAGCAGGAGAAGAGAUUGAACACCACGGACAUGAACCUCCUCACCCGGCAGAAGGAGAUUUUAUUGGAGAAGCUGAACACAUUCGAAGAGACUAACCGGACCCUGAGGACUUUGCUCAGGGAGCAACACAGCAGAGAGACAGAAACCCACCGGCUGUUGGAGCAGAAAGAGCUUUUACUGAAGAAGCUGUCUGAUGCUGACACAGAGAGAGCUCAUCUCCAACUGAGGCUUCAUGAGCGAGACAAGGAGAUUGAAGAUCUGCGGGUUCAGCUGAAGACAGAAAAGGAUCUAGCUAGAACAUCAACUGAAUAUUCUAAGUCUUUAGAAACAACAAGAGCUCACCUACAAGGGCAACUAAGGAACCGAGAGGCUGAGAAUAACCGCCUCUCCGUUCAACUCAGGAAUAUGGAGCACAACGAAGCUCGGCACAAAGAGGAAAUGAAAUUAAUGACUGCUCAGUUAGAUGAUCUCAGGCAGCGAGCGGAGCCAGAGAAGGAAGCUCUGAAGAGAUCCGUUCGUGUCCAGAAACAUCGCGCAGAAAGAAGUGAGGAGAAAGUGCAACUACUCAACAAACAGCUUAUGGAGAAGAAUACGGAACUUUCUGCUGCCUUGUCCAGCAUGGAAUCCUUGAAGAGCCGUUACAACAUGCUAACGAAAGAUAAGAGCCAGUUGGAGAGUGAGGUCACCAUGCUGAAUGACCGAGUGUCCAAGCUGCUGGAGGAAAGUCAGAACAGUGAAGACAAGACCCGAUCUGAGCGGGACUCUCUCCUGGAUAGACUCCACCAACAGACCAUGGAGAACACCACCCUUCGCCUGGAGCAUGAGAAGCUGAAGACCCAUUUAUCUGCUGUGGAGGAGAAACUGACAUUGGCUCAUAAUGAAAUUCAGCAGCUCAAGAAUUCUUUGCGUCAGUAUGAAGGUCUCGUCGAUACCUAUAAAGAUCAGAUGAAAAAGACUCGACUAGAGGCUGAUCAAAUGAGUUUACAUCUGGAAAGAUCUGACGCAGAGAAUAAAAACCUAAAGGACGAUAUGAACACUGAACUAGAACAGAUUCAUAGGAAAUUCCAAAGUCGUUUAGAAGAACUGGAGAAGCUACCAGAGAUGCUGAAGAUGACAGAAAUAAAGCUGCAGGAAUGUCACGAGCAGCUGCAGGGCUAUGAGCAGAAGAAUGCAGAGCUUUCUUCAAUCAUCUCCGAUUUGCGUGUUAGGAUGGAGCAGCAGGGAGACAAGAUGGAGUCUACAAGGGACCGGUACCAGUCUGCAAUGGAAGAGAACAAGCUUCUGUCUCUGAAACUGGAAGAGCUGGAGAGGCGGAUGGAGGAUGCUGGAACACAGAACAGAGAACUUCUGCAAGUUGUGGCCAAGCGGGAAGAGACAAUCCAUCAGAACCAGCUGAGACUAGAAGAAAAAUCCCGGGAUUGCGCUUCUUUCUCACGCCAGCUGGAGGCAGCCAUCGAAGAAUCCCGGAGACAGGUGGAACAGACCAAGGAACGAGCUUCAUCCAAAGAGAGGGUGACACAAGCUAAAAUACUUGAGCUGGAGACGCAGCUGAGCAGGACCAAGACUGAAAUCAACCAGUUUCGACGCGGCAAAGAGGAUGCAGAGCGCCGUUUCCAGAGUCGCCUCCAAGAUCUAAAGGACAGGCUGGAGCAGUCGGAAAGUACCAAUCGCAGUAUGCAAAACUAUGUCCAGUUCCUUAAAUCCUCCUACACCAAUGUUUUCGGCGAUGCUGCUAUGUCCAGUUCUCCGAUCCGUCCUCGCACUCCGCUCUGAGUACUGAGUGCCCGUCGUGGAGGAGAGACGUCCUCUACGACCACAAAGGUCAUCAUAGACUUGAGUCUUCCAUUGGUCAAAGCAAUCAUGGGCCAUACAGGCUCCAAACACCUUUACUGUGAGAAAACUUCAUGUGAGUGUCAAAGGCAAGGUCAAAGCGGUGCUUUUUAUCCUACUUUUUUUUUAAAUAAAACUAUUGAUUACAAAUUA